AUGAUUCACUAAAAUUUAAUCAUACCUAUGCAUGUGUUAAUGAAAACAUCAAAAAAAAAGAAUGAUAAUACAUUUGGCUCAAUUUAUUUUGUUUAUGAUCGUAUGGCAUCACUUUUUGUAUAAUUUAAUCUUAAAGUGAACUGGCGAAUAAUUUUAAGAUAGAGACAUCAAAAUAAUUUUUCUCUAAAAUUUUUAAAGGGAUUUGAUGAACUUAUUUCCAAAAUGAUACUGCAUUGGGAUUUUAAAUCCUAAAUAUGUUUUAAUAACGAAGAUGGUAUUUUUAAAAUAAUAGACUUUGGUUCAGCAAGAUUAUGGGAGGAUAAGCCUAUGACAACAUAAACAUGGCACCCGAACUCUUUUUCAAUUCAUAAAAAUAUGGUCCAGCUUUAAAUGUGUGGGCAAUUGGUUGUGUAUUUGCAGAAUUCUAUCUCCGAUACACUUUAUUUUCAGGAGAAAGUGAGAUUCAAAUAUUAUCGAAAAUGGUCAAUAUACUGGUCUGAAAUAAAUCGGCCUGGUUUUUUAAAUUUGACUUAAAUUAUUCAAUUUGAAAAGAGAGACCCAGCUUACUUAUAUAAAAUAUUGCUAAAAAUGAGUAGUGAAGGAAUUGAUUUAUUAUCCAAAAUGUUAUAAUAUAACCCAAAUAAAAGAAUUUCCUUAAGGGAUGCUCUGAAUCAUCAAUAUUUUAAUUAGACUGAGUCAUAAAACUUGUCUAAAAAACUGUUGCAAAUAAUUAAAAGCAAAUAAAAUUGA